UCGCUCGCGCUCCCUCCGCGUGAAACAAAGUGUGGUGUCCGCGAGAGCCCGUAGGAAGCGAAAAGAGAGAAACCGGAGAAAGGAGAGAAUGGGGCGGCUGAAUCCAAAACUACACCAGGAAUAAUAACUACACAGAGAUAAAGACGACUGAAGACGGGGGGAAAACUCGGAGGAAGAAAACUUUUCAGAGGGGAAACUGUUACAGACUCUCGCACGGCCACGGUUUAAAACAUGGAUACACUUUUCCCUGUAUUCCUGGGACUCUUCUUUCUCUUUUCGGGAGUUGAUAACGUCUCCGGCCAAAUACCGACAGGAAGCUGUACGUUUGAUGAGGGCUUCUCUCAGUGUGAUUACCAACAAGAUCCUUAUGAUGACUUCGACUGGACGCACAUCAAUACCCAGGAAGUACCAUAUGUCUCACCUGAUCUGCCACAAGGUUCCUACAUGUAUGUUGACAUCUCGCAGUAUGAUGUUGGAGAGAAGGCAAGGUUUCAGCUGCCUGUCAUGAAGGAGAAUGACACUCACUGUAUUGACUUCAACUAUCUCCUCACCAGCCCUGACGGCUCCAGCCCUGGCACCCUCAACGUCCUGGUGAAGGUAAACAAGGGUCCUUUGGCCAACCCCAUAUGGAACGUGACAUCCUACACUGGUAAAGACUGGCUGAGAGCUGAACUUGCUGUCUCCACCUUUUGGCCGAAUGAAUAUCAGGUUAUAUUUGAAGCAGAGGUUUCGGACAGCAAAGCUGGGUUUAUCGCCAUAGACGACAUUCAGGUGCUCAGCUACCCAUGCGAUAAAUCCCCUCAUUUCCUGCGCCUUGGGGAUGUAGAGGUGAAUGCCGGACAAAAUGCCACAUUUCAGUGUAUUGCCACAGGACGAGACACCUCGAACAACAAACUCUGGCUACAGAGGAGAAAUGGAGAAGAUAUUCCUGUGGCCUUGACGAAAAACAUCAACCACAGAAGGUUUGCUGCCUCCUUCCACCUCAAAGAAGUCACUAAUCAGGAUCAAGAUCUGUAUCGCUGCGUCACCCAAUCAGAGCGCGGCUCUGGAGUGUCUAACUUUGCGGGUCUUAUCGUCAGAGAGCCUCCGCACCCCAUUGCCCCACCUCAGCUGCUAGGCGUCGGCCCUACGUACUUGCUGAUUCAGCUCAACGCAAAUUCUAUAUUUGGAGAUGGACCUAUAAUACUAAAAGAGGUUGAGUACCGUAUGACAUCGGGCAGCUGGACUGAGACUCACGCUGUGAACUCUCCUAACUACAAGUUAUGGCACCUUGACCCAGACACAGAGUAUGAGAUCAGAGUGUUACUCACCCGACCAGGAGAGGGAGGGACAGGCAAGCCUGGGCCCCCUCUCAUUACUCGGACCAAAUGUGCAGAACCCAUGCGCACUCCUAAGAGGCUGAAAAUUGCCGAGACCCGGUCUCGUUUGAUCGCGGUGGACUGGGAAUCGCUGGGUUAUAAUAUCACCCGCUGUCACACCUUUAACGUCACCAUCUGUUACCAUUACACGACUGCCAACAACCACAGCAAAGCUGAUUGCUUGGACAUGGAUCCUAAAGCACCACGCCACCUGGUGGGAAACCUGCCACCCUACACCAACGUUAGUCUUAAGAUGAUACUGACCAAUCCAGAGGGGCGCAAAGAGAGUGAUGAAACCAUCAUACAAACUGAUGAAGAUGUUCCAGGUCCAGUUCCCAGUCAGUCUCUCAGAGCCACUCCAUCUGAAGAGACAAUAAGUCUGUACUGGAAGGAACCAGCUGAACCCAAUGGAGUCAUCAUACAAUAUGAGAUCAGCUACAGCGGUGUGCGAUCGUUUGACCCUUCGGUGCCUCUGCAACGACCAGGACUCACAGUGUCUCUGCCUUCAAACGCUACCCAUCACAUGUUUUCCCAGCUUCACCCAGGUGUUACGUACCAGCUCUCGAUUCGAGCAUCUACCUCCAAAGGGUUCGGUCCUGCAACGACGCUUAACGUGACUACUAAUAUUUCAGCCCCAACUAUAGAUGAGUACGAUGGGUCAGAGGCUUUUCUAAAUGAAACUGCAACAACCAUCACUGUCCUGCUCAAACCUGCCCAGGCCAAGGGAGCGCCCAUCAGUGCAUACCAGAUUGUGGUGGAAGAAGUGAAUCCUCAACGAACACGUCGACAGGCUUCCUCUGACUGUUACGAGGUACCAGUUUCCUACCACAGUGCAUCUAGUGGUGGAUCCCCAUAUUAUUAUGCUGCCCAACUUUCCCCUAGCAACCUGCCUGAGCCACUUCCUUUUACUGUGGGAGACAACAAGACAUACCAGGGUUUUUGGAAUCCUCCACUAGCUCCAAGGAAGAACUACAACAUCUAUCUUCAAGCUGUCAGCAGCACAGAGAGGGAAACUAAGACGCAGUGUCUGAGGCUGGCAGCUAAACGUGCUACAGAGGAGCCAGAAGUCAUCCCUGACCCUGCUAAACAGACAGAUCGUGUGGUGAAAAUCGCUGGAAUAAGUGCCGGUGUUCUCGUUUUUAUACUGCUGGUGCUGGUAGCCAUCCUGUUGGUCAAGAAGAGGAGGACCUACUAUUCAUACUCUUAUUACCUGAAACUGGCUAAAAAACGUAAAGAUGCCAUUGGAACAACACGUCAAGAAAUGACACACAUGGUGAAUGCUAUGGACCGCAGUUAUGCUGACCAGAGCACUCUGCAUGGAGAAGACCCAAUGGCUGUGACAUUUAUGGACUCUCACAACUACAACAACAGAUAUGAGAACCAUAGUGGCUCUGCAGCAGAGAACAGCAGGCUUCUGGAUGUUCCUCGGUAUCACUGUGAAGGAACUGAAUCUCCUUAUCAGACAGGACAACUCCACCCUGCCAUCCGAGUGGCUGAUCUCCUACAGCAUAUCAACUUAAUGAAAACGUCUGACAGCUAUGGCUUCAAGGAAGAAUAUGAAGUGAUACAGAGCUUCUUCGAGGGCCAAUCGGCCUCCUGGGACGUCGCCAAGAAAGAGCAGAAUCGUACCAAAAACCGCUAUGGGAACAUUAUAGCAUAUGACCAUUCAAGGGUUAUUCUCCAGCCCAUAGAAGACGACCCAUCCUCCGACUACAUCAACGCCAACUACAUCGAUGGAUACCAGAGGCCCAGUCACUACAUUGCUACUCAGGGUCCUGUUCAUGAGACAGUGUAUGACUUCUGGAGGAUGGUGUGGCAGGAACAGUCAGCCUGCAUCGUGAUGGUAACCAAUCUGGUGGAGGUUGGAAGGGUCAAGUGCUAUAAGUAUUGGCCAGAUGAUGCUGAAGUGUACGGAGACUUCAAGGUGACUUUCGUAGAGGUUGAACCUCUUGCUGAAUAUGUGGUUCGCACAUUUACGUUGGAGAGGCGUGGUUUCAAUGAAGUCCGGGAAGUCAAGCAAUUCCACUUCACAGGCUGGCCUGAUCACGGAGUUCCGUACCAUGCCACAGGACUACUUUCCUUCAUCCGCAGAGUAAAAAUCUCCAAUCCACCCUCUGCAGGACCAAUUGUGGUCCACUGCAGUGCUGGAGCAGGACGUACAGGCUGUUUCAUAGUCAUCGACAUCAUGCUGGACAUGGCAGAGCGAGAAGGCGUGGUCGACAUCUACAACUGUGUCAAGGCGCUUCGCUCCAGGAGGAUCAACAUGGUACAGACUGAGGAGCAGUAUAUAUUCAUCCAUGACGCCAUCCUUGAGGCUUGUCUAUGUGGAGAAACAGCCAUACCAGUCUGCGAGUUCAAAGCGGCUUUUUAUGAGCUGAUCCGCAUAGAUUCCCAGACCAACUCAUCCCAUCUGAAGGAUGAGUUCCAGACAUUAAACUCAGUGACACCCCAGCCUCAGCCAGAAGACUGCAGCAUUGCAUUGUUGCCUAGAAACCAAGACAAGAACCGCUUUAUGGAUGGCCUACCUCCUGAUAGAUGCUUACCCUUCCUUAUUACAAUAGAUGGAGAAAGCAGCAACUACAUCAAUGCUGCUCUGAUGGAUAGCUACAGACAGCCUGCUGCAUUCAUCGUUACCCAGCAUCCUUUGCCUAACACUGUCAAAGACUUUUGGCGUCUAGUUUACGACUAUGGAUGUACCAGUCUGGUGAUGCUGAAUGAGAUCGACCUGGCUCAGGGUUGUCCUCAGUACUGGCCAGAGGAGGGCAUGCUGCGUUACGGUCCAGUCCAGGUGGAAUGUAUGUCCUGCUCGAUGGACUGCGAUGUUAUUAGUAGACUCUUUAGAGUCUGCAAUCUGACCAGGCCUCAGGAAGGCUACCUGAUGGUUCGUCAGUUCCAGUACCUGGGUUGGGCGGGGCAUAGAGAAGUCCCCGCUUCCAAGCGCUCCUUCCUCAAACUGAUCCUUCAGGUCGAUCAAUGGCAACGUGAGGGAGAGGAGGGAGAGGGCAGAACCAUUGUACAUUGCUUAAAUGGAGGUGGGCGUAGUGGAGUAUUCUGUGCCAGCAGUAUUGUGUGUGAGAUGGCCAAGAGACAGAGUGUGGUUGAUGUCUUUCACGCUGUAAAAACCUUGAGGAACAGCAAACCCAACAUGGUGGAUACUCCAGAGCAGUAUAGGUUCUGCUACGACCUGGCAUUGGAGUUCAUCGAGUCGUCCUAAGCCAAGGACAGGAGAGGAGAAGGUGAAGAAGAGCUGGAGAACAUCUGUUCACUUCUUGUGUGUUUGACCCUUUGCUUGGUCCCGACUCCCUUCUUUGGUGGCCGUUCUGUAGCAUCCAUUUUACAUCCCUACAAAUGGUGCAAGUGAAUUUGGCUCCUUGUACAGUGAUGUUAAACAAAGGGAAAUGUUUAGACUUUUAACAGGAAGUGUGGUGAAGAGGAGUGCAGCAGAGGAGGAGAUGCUACUCCCGUUACUCCUUUAUUCUUAUUGUACAGCUUUUGAGUGCCAGCGGGCCCCUGUAUGUUUUGGGCCCCAUUGAAACAUUUAGCCUCUCACCACAGCUCCCCUGGACUUAAUGCUUUGUGCUGUUUCAGCUGCAGUACUCAAUGUGCACUGUAGAUGUCUCCCUUCCCCUUGCAAGCUGCUACCACAGCUUUUGAUAAAACGCAAAUUAAGGUUAUCAUUGGCCCCACAUUCCUGCUCUCGUGCUAAUUUAACAGUGUUGGGCAUCUCAUCAUGGUGAUGUUUGAAUAUUUGCAGCCAGUACUUUUGUAUAAGAACAAGAAACUCUGUGAAUGCUUCUGUUUCUACUCAGUGUUUCCUCAUCUUGUUUUCCUGCUCAUUUCAUUGAACUCUGAGUCAGAACAUUGUUAUGUAUCGUUGUUAUGUACUCAGUAGUCACUUUGAACCCAUUUUACAUUGGUUACACACAGCUCAUGGUCAGAUUACGGAAUAGAGACAAAGAAAAUAAUCUGUCAUAAGUUUGGCUCUUAAAUAAAGUAGUCUCCGAGAAGAACACUGACAAUGAGACAAAACAAAAGGGAGAGUUUACAUUGGGAGUAUUAGGCUUUUAGAAUUUUUAUUAUAUCAUGAAGUGGCAACUUGAAAAACGUUACGUAGGAUUUUCACUCAAAUGUAUUUGUGUUCUGUAUCAUUGUUUCUGUUUUCUGCACUCAUUGUGAGCUGCUGAGUUUAUUUUUUUCUGGUUGCUUUUGUAGUAUCAUGUACCGAUCUACUGGAUAGAAGUUUUGAAGUCCUCUUUGUAGCCCAAAUUGUAAAAUGGAACACCUGUUCAUCCAUGUGACAUUAGCCUAAUCAUGUUUGUUUCAGGGCUGGGCCCAAUGCACUUUCAAUUCAGCCAAUUCACGAAAUAUCCUUCAAAAAAUAUCAACAGCUUUUGAAAACAACAAAAUCAGCUCAUUUACUUUUAGCAAAGACUGAGAUUUAACAUUUUUUCUCAAGAAAGAUAAAUUACAGUUUCCAUUUAGGGCUUGGAUAGAAUUGGAAGUGAACUGACCCCAGGCUUCAUUUGUUUUGUGCACUGGUGGCCAACACUUUUGUUUUAAUAUUAUUUUGUAGCUGAUGUUUAUUCAUAAGCCAAAGACUUUUUGUAAAUAUAUCUAUAUGGAUAAAGCACAUUGUUUGUAUUUAUUGUUUGUUUACUUGCAUUGCUUGUAAGAACAAUCAUUUUUCAUUCCAUGUUUACUCUACCACCAGCGUUUCUUAAACCGCACGUUGGGACACAAAAUGGACUGCAAGUCUGUUUGUUGUGGAGCCUCAGAGGGUUAGUAUGAUGUACUGAGCCCAUACGUGGUCCCCCUACAUCUGGUCAAUUUGGGUCCAUGAAGAGGAGUUUAAGAAUCCCUGAUUGAAGCUGUAUAUUAAAGCAUUAGAGGUAGAUUUUCAGUAUUUAGGUGGAAUUCUGUAGUAUUGUCUUUGUUUUCACUUAAUGAAUCUCUGUGACGUUAAUGUGGUUUAUUUGUGUAACAGCCCAUUGCUCUGUUCGUGGUCAGUAGAACAUCAGUGCAUGUAUAUGCACAAAGUAUUUUGGAUAAUAGCUCCUAUCCCUCUUAACGUCUUAGUGGGGAUAAGCUGUUUAUCUUCAUCCUCAUAUCCUGUUCACCAUUAUCCCUGAAUACACACUGACUCAGUGGUGCAACCAGGCUUAGUGAGUGGAACAUGCAGGACUGUGAUACAAAAACAUUUAUUGUGCCUAAUCAUUUAACAGCAUCUUUGAUCGCAACCAGGGCCUUGUUAAAUGCGUUCUCAUGGACGAUCAGUGUUUCAAACACCUUUUGGACCAUGGUUCAUUGUGUUUUAUUCAUUAGAGUGCAUCUUAUAAGGUUUUACGAGCUUACCGAAUACCAGAUGUGUUUCUAUUUGAGCACAAACUGAUUCAGAAAAAAACUUUAUUGUAAAUAAAAUGCCGUAUGCUUCGUUUAGUUGGAGCAAGAACAGCCCUACUCCUAAGUAUGUUAUUGUAAAUAGACUAUCAUGAGUACUCUAAAAAGCUCUAUUGUUGGAUGAACAGUAGAGAUGUAGAUGAUGGAUGCAAUGUCAGAACAUUAGUUCUGUUGUAGAUAAAAAGUCACAGAUUGUACUCCUGGAGGAUUCAACUUCAAUUAUUGCCAGAUGGUAGUUUUCACUGAAUACAGAACAGUAUUCUGUUGGUGGAACAUCAACUUUCAGUUUCAUUUCUCCAGAUUUCUGUUCUGACCCAAAGAAGGGAAAGAAAAUUCAGAGGCUGUAAUGUAAUUUGUUGUACCUUCAGUGAUAAUGGGGUUUACCAGUUGGACUAAACAAAUGGCCAUCUCACAUGAGAGUGACAGGGGUGUGAACAUAAAGUAACUACAGGAUGGAAACCCACCUAACUACACUCUGAAGGGAAAACUAAGGAAAAAAUCCUCAGAUAUCUGUAAUUGGUCCUUACUGAAUCUGAAGGCCCUGAAGUUUACUGAAUGAAGCUGGAUAAGAGGCCAGUCUGAGUAUAGAAUUGAUAUUCAUGGUUCAUAAUUAUUCUUGUCUGUAAUGUUUGGCUUCUUUGCUGUAAUAAAGACCACUUCUUUAAUUAAAAGUGCUGGAAAAGUUA